CGACACGCGCUUGACACCAUCUGGACCAAAUAAAUUUAUCUUGGUCUCAUCAGACCACAGGACAUGGUUCCAGUAAACCAUGUCCUUAGUCUGCUUGUCUUCAGCAAGCUGUUUGCGGGCUUUCUUGUGUAUCAUCUUUGGAAGAGACUUCUUUCUGGGAUGACAGCCAUGCAGACCCUUCAACCUCUGCAGCAAUGCUGGCAGCACUCAUACAUCUAUUUCCCAAAGACAACCUCUGGAUAUGACGCUGAGCACGUGCACUCAACUUCCUUGGUCAACCAUGGCGAGGCCUGUUCUGAGUGGAACUUGUCCUGUUAAACCGCUGUAUGGUCUUGGCCACCGUGCUGCAGCUUAGUUUCAGAGUCUUGGCAAUCUUCUU